AUGCCUCUCGCCCGCCAUGUCGACCCCGAUGAAAUCAUCGACAAGCUUCACAAUCUUCACAUGAAAGAAGCAGGUCGAAGACAUACACACACAAAUGGCGGAACAUCUUCUAUAACUCCUUACUCCACACGCUAUGCCAGCAAGCAAGAAAUCCCCAAAUUCAAGAUUGGCAACGAGGGAGCACCAGCCGAUGCUGUUCACCAAAUGAUCAAAGACGAACUUGAUCUGGACGGAAUUCCCAACUUGAAUCUGGCAAGUUUCGUCGGUACAUAUAUGGAAGAAAAUGCACGAAAUCUCAUGAUUGAGAACAUUGCCAAGAACAUGAGUGAUGCAGACGAAUACCCUGCUAUGAUGCAAAUUCAUGCUCGAUGUGUGAGUAUCCUUGCUCACCUCUGGGGUGUGCAAAAGGGCGAGAAAGCUAUUGGAUCAGCCACCACUGGAUCCUCCGAAGCCAUUCAUCUAGGCGGCCUUGCUAUGAAGCGUCGCUGGCAAGAAAAGAGAAUGAAGGAAGGAAAAGAUACAUCAAAACCAAACAUUAUCAUGGGAGCGAACGCUCAGGUUGCGCUUGAAAAGUUUGCUAGAUACUUCGAGGUCGAAGCACGCAUUUUGCCUGUAUCUGAGAAGAGUAAUUUCAGACUUGAUUCCGACCUAGUCAAGGAAAACAUUGACGAGAACACUAUUGGUGUGUUCGUUAUUCUGGGAAGCACAUAUACCGGUCACUACGAGCCCGUCGAGGAGAUUUCCAAGAUCUUGGACGAUUAUGAGAAAGAGACAGGUGUUGAUAUCCCAAUCCACGUCGACGGUGCUUCUGGAGCCUUCGUCGCUCCCUUCACUCAUGCUCAAGUUGGAGGUCCUAAGUGGAACUUCGAACUUCCCCGUGUCAAAUCCAUCAACACCUCCGGCCACAAAUUUGGACUCGUCUACGCGGGCGUAGGCUGGAUCAUCUGGCGCGAUGAAGCCUACCUCCCAAAGCACCUUGUCUUUGAGCUCCACUACCUCGGCGGCACCGAAGAAUCCUACACCCUAAACUUCUCCCGUCCCGGCGCCCAAGUCAUCGCCCAAUACUACAACCUCGUGCACCUAGGCUUCUCUGGCUACCGCUCCAUCAUGGAAAACUGCAUGGCCAACGCCCGUCUUCUCUCCAAAUCUCUCGAAGCAACAGGCUGGUACACCUGCGUCUCCGAUAUCCAUCGACCAAAGGGCGUGCACAAGUUCACAUCCAUUGACGACAUCGCGUUUGGCAAAGAAGACGAAACGUCCGCGGAUUACAACGCCGGACUCCCUGUCGUUGCGUUUAGAUUCAGCGAUGAGUUUAAGAAGGAGUUUUCCCAUAUUAAUCAGGUCGAUGUUAGUAAUCUGCUGCGCGCGAAGCAGUAUAUCGUCCCGAAUUACCCAUUGCCGCCGAGCGAGGAUAAGAUUGAGAUUUUGAGGGUGGUGGUCAGGGAGAGUAUGAGUUUGGAUUUGUUGGAUCGGUUGAUUGCGGAUAUUUGUCAGAUUACGCAGAAUUUGAUUGAAAACGACAAAGGCGAUCUCAGCAUCCUGAAUAAAUCAAAGGAUACAAGUACCGAGAAAAUGCAUUCGAGUGCGGGAGAGAGAUCGCAUCAUAAGGGACAAGGGAGAGGUGGGAAGGAACCUAUGAGUAAGGGCGUGCAUCGGAGUGUGUGUUAA